ACUGCAUUUUAUAUAUUCAUCAUUUCCAUAUCAUUAAACGUUACAUCGUGUAGUGUAAACCCUAAAUGGGAUCACGGGAGAAACAGGCUAGGAGGUUUUCUUUCAGGUGUGCAUAUUUGUAAAGACACUUAAUCCCUUAAGUUUGAAACCAGAGUUUGCAGCCUGAGCUGAUGGCCUCUGCCUCUGCUGGCGCUCUCAUUUGCCUGCUCCUUGGCAUCGACAGACACCGGGUCGAAGGGCAAGCUUGGGGUGGCAGCGCCUUCUUUUUCCACCUGGAGGUGACACUCCUGUGCUCUGCGGUGCUGAAGGUCUCCCCGUCCAUCCGUGCUCUCUCCGGGCAGCGCUAGGAGCAGCGAGCCGAGUCCUACAGCAGCACCCUGCCGUGGGGGCUCCCCUCCCCAGUAUGAUCUGAGGCCACGACCAUGGACUUUUCUCGGCUGCACCUGUACACCCCUCCUCAGUGUGUGCCAGAGAACACUGGCUACACGUACGCACUCAGUUCAAGCUAUUCUUCAGAUGCUCUGGAUUUUGAGACUGAGCACAAAUUGGAUCCUGUGUUUGAUUCUCCAAGAAUGUCUCGCCGUAGUUUGCGCCUGGUCUCUGCAACCUACUCCACCGUGGACAGCCAGCCUGCAGAUGCUCACACCUGUGCCCAGAGCACGGUGGCCACCAAGGACAAGGCUUCCAGAACGGCAAAACAGCGCAGAAGUGCAAGCAAACCGGCUUUUAAUAUAAAUCACGUGUCAAGAAAAGUCACGUCCUCAGUCCUCGGCCAGAACAGCUGCCACAGGCUGCAGGCCGGCUCGUACUUGCGGCCCCCCGUGCUGGACGAGUCUCUGAUUUGUGAGCAGACCAAGGUGGACCAUUUCUGGGGUCUUGACGAUGACAGUGAUCUUAAAGGUGGCGGCAGGACCGUUGCACAGGGGAAUGGCGAGCGCGCCCCAGGAGGAGCGGAGGCCGCCGCGCGCAACGGCUACACGUGUGACGCCUGCAGCCUGCUCUCUGAGCGCAGGGCUGUCCUCACGGCGCAGUCCCCCCACCACGGGCCCUCCUCGAGGGUUUACUCCAGGGACAGGGCUCAGAAACGCGGUGCGUCUUUCUCCACGGCCAGGAUUCUGUCGCUGGCCAGAUGCUCGGCGUCAUCCUUUUCGUCAUUCUUAGUUCAUCUUUUCCAAGUGGUUCUAAUGAAGCUCAAUUAUGAACCAGAAAAUUACAAAUUGAAAAGUUUCGAAUCAAAAGAUUGUGAAUCAAAGAGCUAUGAGUCAAAAAGCUAUGAAUCAAAAGCUCAUGCCGGUCUCGGCUGGAGGAGGGACGGGAGAGUGACCCUUGGAGAGGAUGGCCACCUCCAUGUGAGCCGGGAGCCGCGGUGUGAUGGCUGUGAGGGGAAGGGACAGCGCGAGCCCCACACGGCCCUCCGCUCGCAGUCGCCAAGGUCAAAGGGGGUGCCCGGGACCAUGUGGCACGUCCUUUCUCACGCAGGUUGCUUUUUGAUGCAGAUGCUGCAGAGGAUUGGCACUGCAGGAUGGUUUGUGUCCACGUCGGUGUUAUCGUGGCUUUGGUGGGCCAUUGUUGCUCCAGGGAAGGUGGCGUCUGCAGUGUUCUGGUGGCUGGGGACCGGAUGGUACCAGCUGGUUACUUUGAUUUCUUGGCUGAACGUGUUCCUUCUUACAAGGUGCCUUCGAAAUAUUUGCAAGUUUUUAUUCUUGCUCAUCCCACUGGCGCUUCUUCUAGGUGCAGGCCUCUCGAUGUGGGGCCAGGGCAGCAUCUUCUCCCUCCUGCCCGUGUUCAACUGGACUCUCAUGUCCAGAACACAGACGGCAGACGUCCCAAAGGACACGCUCCGACCCGAAGCGUCUCACCUGAGCCGGCCUCUAGAGGGUGGUGGAGGGGAUUCCCCCUGGCCUCCCAUGAGCGAGGUGGAGAGGCAGGGGGCCUCUCUGUCUGGAAGAUGUCACAGCCCCGAGGAAAAGUUCAGAGACCUGGCAGCCUCCCUCCAGAGCCUGCAGGCCCGGGUGGACCAGAUGGGCGACGCGAGUGGAGCUGUGCUGCCGCUGGUGAGGACCGUGCUGAGGCAGCACCUGCAGGAGACGGGCGCCGACAGGCUGCCGUGCUCCAAGACUGACUUUAUGACAUUUCACCAAGAACAUGAGUCACGAAUCGCAAACUUAGAAGAUAUUCUUGGAAAACUGACAGAAAAAUCUGAGAUCAUCCAGGAGGAACUGGAACAGACCAAGUUAAGAACAACGAGCGGGAUCGCAGACCAGGAGCUCCUCACCAUGGUUAAGCAUCUGCAGCUGGAGCUGGGCCACCUGAAGUCAGAAAUGUCAAGUUGGCAGAAUUUGAAGACCAACUGUGAGAAGGUAGAUACAAUACAUGAAAAAGUGGAGGCCCGCGUCAGAGACACCGUCCGACUCCUGCUUGCCGACGACGGCCAGCAAGGCGGCGCUCUGGAGUGGCUGCUGCAGAAGUUCUCUUCUCAGUUUGUGAGCAAGGACGACCUGCACAGUUUGUUACGAGAUUUAGAACUGCGGAUACUGAGGAACAUCACCCACCACGUUUCUGUGACAAAACAGAUGCCAACCUCCGAAACGGUGGCGUCUGCCGUGAGCGAGGCGGGGGUUUCUGGAAUAACAGAGGCGGAAGCCCUUGUUCUCGUGAACAAUGCUCUGAAGCUGUAUUCCCAAGACAAAACAGGAAUGGUGGACUUUGCCCUGGAAUCUGGUGGUGGCAGUAUCUUGAGCACUCGCUGUUCUGAAACUUACGAAACCAAAACUGCGCUCAUAAGCCUGUUUGGGAUCCCGCUGUGGUACUUCUCACAGUCGCCACGCGUCGUGAUCCAGCCUGACAUAUACCCAGGAAACUGCUGGGCGUUUAAAGGCUCCCAGGGUUACCUGGUGGUGCGGUUGUCCAUGACCGUCUAUCCGACCACGUUCACUCUGGAGCACAUUCCAAAGACGCUGUCCCCCACCGGCAACAUCACCAGCGCACCCAAGGAUUUCGCCGUCUAUGGCUUAGAGAACGAGUAUCAGGAAGAAGGGCUGCUGCUGGGACAGUUCACCUACGACCAGGACGGGGAGUCGCUGCAGAUGUUCCCCGCCCCGGAAAGACCUGAGAAAGCUUUCCAGAUAGUGGAACUUCGGAUUUUUUCUAACUGGGGCCAUCCUGAAUACACGUGUCUUUACCGGUUCAGAGUUCACGGAGAACCUGUCAAGUAAAGGUGCCACUCGCUGCUGCUGUACGCGUGUGUAUACCGGGACAGCGUGAGACACUGGAGCCCUCAUGGCUGAGGGCAUUUGUGACAACAGGACCCGGCAAGGUCACCCCCCCGAAUACUUGUUCUUAGACUGCAGCACGGAGAGGACACGUGGCUGGUGCCAGCUUGCUCUUGACACAACUUUAUAUUUGAAAUGUCUGUGCUGGAAAAAAAUGCAUGUUUGCUGCUUUGGUUCAUGAAGAUCCUUUGGCAAGAGGUGAUCUCGGGGGCUUUCAUUUGAAUGUAUGGUUAUCAAAGACACUUAACUUUGUUUGGGGGUUUGUUUUUGAACAUAAAGCUCUUUAUAGUUGUAUUUUCUUGACCUUUUCCAGAACAAAGCAAAUGAAGUUAAAAGGUUUGAAGUCUUUUUGAAGCUUUGAUAUUUAGCCUUUUCACUGAACAUUUUAAAGGAUUUUGGGGGGCAGAUAUAUUUCAUCUGUUAAAUCCAACACACAUUUCUUUCAGGGAAAAACAGUGUCACCAAAUUUCAGAGUUUUAAACUCCUUUCCUUCGGGAUGGGAUUUUUCCUUUACUCAGCACCAGUAGGUAUUUUAAGUCAUCAGGUGGGGAAAUAAUUAAAUUUGUUUCUCUGCUUAGUUUGCUCUGCUGAGAAAGAUUGUCCAAGUCAGGACUCGGUGUGCUAACAUCUGUCAAGGAGUAGGGGGUUUCCUUUCCUCCAGGUGGAGGGGAGUCAGAUUCAGCAGGCAGUGGUCCAGCUCUGCCACAGCCAAACUCAAACCAGAACCCGAACCGGAACCAGAACCCCUUCUCAGGUUUCCGCCACAAUGGCGUUUUUACUUCAGAGUAUGAAUAAGAACUAAGAUACCUAAUCUUCCGGACUUUUUCCAGGUUUUGUUUUGAAUUUUGCUAUAGAGAAAACACUAACAUGCUCUGAAUUUUCCAGAGGCUCUGUGUUUUUAUUCCUCUGACAGUUAUCAAAAGAGUAUUGUCCUGUGGCAAAUUCACGAGACCAUCACAUUGCACGAUUGUAAUUUUUCUCAGCAGCAUUUUUUUCUAGCUCUAAUUGGGGGAUUUGCCUUUUUUGAUGACUGCUGACCAUGCUCGUGAUUCUUUUGACUUGUUUUGGCUGAUUAAUAUUUAAUAUUUAGACUAUUUUACAGAACAGACUUUAUAAAUAAGAUAUCUGCGAGGCACUUAAAGUGUUACAGAUGUUUUACCUUAAAGAAUUAUUUAAGUUUUAUUGGGUUGAGACAGUUUUUCGGUGUACCAUAAAUGUUGUCUUUUCAGAAAAAGAUAAAACGAUGGUGCUGACAGGUUUUCUGAAGAGUUUUAUGUAUAUUGCACAACAGUCCUCAAAUAAAUAAAAACUACAUAAAAUAGCAUUUGUUUCCUUCUUCUCCGAAUUGGAACUAUAAUGCCUGUGCAGCUAAGCUGGAUACAAUAUGUACAGACAUUUCAUAUAUUACAGAUUAGAUGCAUAAAUCAAGAUUUCCUAUACAAAGCUAAAUUGGGGUGUUGGGGUGAGAAUAUCUUGAAUAUUUAUUUUUAAAGAUGCAAGAUAGGACUUUGUGCAAUGUAUUUUUGUAAAUGCUUUUCAAAAUAUUCGUCUUUGGUAGUGUUUCUUUUGCCGCCACCAAAUUGAUAAGAUGCUACUGAGAUGUUUAAAUAAAGAGUUUUAAUUUUUAAAA